GAAACCGUUUUUAUUGCUCUCGGCGUUUAGAAGAUGCUGUGCAUAUAAUAAUGUAAAGACUUAACUUUCUCUUGGAAAGAAAAAUGGCGCAGUACUUAUUCGAACUUAGAGUGAAAGACAUUUUUACUAGGUGAGUAAACAUUACGAGUGUUUACUUUUCUCCACGGUUUUUUCCUCCUUUUUUUUUGGCAAGAGUAUGUGAAGUUUGUAUGCUUAGAAUAUUUGACACUUGGGUGAGGUAGGAAUUGCUCUAUUCGAGUUUAGACUGUGAAAAAAUUUGAUAUCAUCAUAGUUUUCCAUUUUGUCGAGACAGCAUCUCACUCCCGAGUCGAAUGCAUCAUGAGUGUUGCGUCUGGAAUCAAUAUUCUUCAAAACAAUACGAUGGAAUUAGCAAACGAUUUAUUGAGAAGGUUGGGAUAUAUGUUUUACAUAAUGAAUCCAAGGGAACAUUUGUAUGAAAAAGUGAAAGACGUGCCUGAUUAUUAUAAAGAAGUGACCCCAGCUUUCAUCUUCGUGAUCAUUCUGGAACAGGUGCUUCACUUGAUACGUGGAAAGGAACUGAUGAGACUGAAUGAUUCUGUGGCAAACAUUUCCCAAGGAAUAUUAGUGGAGCUGUUUAAAAUACCGUUAUAUGGCGCGGAAUUGAUUCUCUAUACUUGGAUUUACAACAACUGGCGAAUCGGAACUCUACCCUGGGAUUCACCGUGGACUUGGAUUCUUUGUAUGGUACUUACGGACUUUUUUUUCUACUGGAUGCAUAGGCUGACACAUCAAGUCAGUAUUUUGUGGUGGUUUCACGAGCCACAUCAUAGUUCAGAAGAAUUCAACCUAACUGUGCCAUUGCGAUUGAGUGUAAUCACCAGUUCUACUAUGUGGCUUACGUAUAUACCAAUGGCCUUUUUUAUACCUCCAUCGACUUUUUUGGUGCAUUUUCAGCUGAAUGUCAUAUUUCAGUACUGGCUUCACAGCGAAUACAUUCCCAAUCUUGGAAUUUUGGAAUAUAUCUUUGUAACUCCAAGUCAUCAUCGUGUUCAUCAUGGACGAAACAGGCACUGCAUUGAUAAGAAUUUUGGAAGUUUCUUCAUUUUGUGGGACCGCUUAUUCGACACCUUUGAACCAGAAGGAGAGAAAAAAAUUACCUUUGGAGUCACAAAACCACUCCAGAGCUUCAAUCCUAUUGCAAUUCAGACGAAUCACAUACAGGCAGUAUGGAAGAAAUUCUCUACAGUGGACGGCUUCUGGAACAAAUUGUCAGCUAUAUUCAAAGGACCCGGUUGGAGUCCCGGCACACCCUGGCUGGGACAUUUGGAAGAUAUUCCGGAGCCAAAAGACGAUGAGCCAAAAUAUGAUCCAAAACUUCCAAGAUGGCUGGAAUUGUAUGUCAUAUUUCACGCUGCUGCUAUGGUCAUAGGAUACUUGCAAAUGAUUAUGUUUCUUUCAAAAAUCCCAAACUGGAUCACAUUCAUUAGCAGCCUUUAUAUCAUAUUGACAACUAUUUCGAUUGGAUGUUUGUUAGACCUCAGUUCUUGGGGAGCCUUAUUGGAACUUUUGAGAUGUCCUUUGUACUUUCUCCUGGAUAUGGCGAUACGGAGGGAAUUUUCCAGUGAUUAUAUGGUCCUGUAUGCCUCAAUGUAUGCUUUCAGAAGUUUAUUCUUCGCGUCCUUCAUAUUUUGGCUGUUUGCUACACCGAUAACAAGGAAAACAAAACAACUGCUCUAAAAUUUUCAAAAUUUUGAGGGAAAAAAAUGAUUUAUGUUAAUGCUCAAUAUAUCAGUUAAAGUUUCUUUUGUAUUGCACUUGAAA